AUGGCAACCCGCUCCCGGCCGCCCUCUCGAGCCCGCUCCCCUGUCGAUCAGGGAGAGUUGGGACCCUUCCUUCCGCCAGCCUCCCCUGAGCUCGGCAAAGUCUCACUUGAGCGGGUCAUCCGCCUUCUCUGGGGGCUCCAAUCCCAAGUCGACCGCAUCAAGCGGACCCUCUUGGAACAAACUGAAGAUGGGCUUGCCCAGCUCCAAUCCGCCCGGGGUCCCCAUACCCCAGAAGAACAAAAACCCCCCGCGGUCAAGGAAACUCCCAGGGCCGCGCCCAAAGCCAAGCCUAUUGGCAAGGCUCAACCAUUCCUCGGGGCCCCAGCCCCCAUCAUCUCCACAGGGGCCCCAGGCGCGACCCCCUCUCCCUUUUCAAUCCCUACCCUUCCUUCGCCUGUCACUGACCCGGCGCUACCUCCAGCCCCCUCCACUGUGAAAGUGGACCACCCAGAUGCCUUCAAAGGCAAAAUUGGCUUGGAGGCCAAACAGUGGCUGACCCGAAUGUUGGCCUGGGUACGUCUCAACCAGAGGCAGUUCCCCUUGGACAUGGAGGUCCUGAGCUUCCUGUUGAUGAACAUGACAGAAGCAGCUGGGGCCUGGGCCCAUCCCCACCUGGACCAAUUAGGGUCCCACCGCGCACUCAUUCAAACCGUGGAUGAGUUCAAAACCGAGUUCCUGGCCGCCUUUGGCGACCCCGACGCUACCAGAGCAGCGGAGCGGAAGAUUACUUCCCUCACACAAACCGGCACUUGUGCCGAAUAUAUUACUAAGUUCCGCACGCUGCAAAUGGAACUCAAUUGGAACAAUGCCGCACUCCGCGGUCAGUUUGCGCGAGGACUCCACUGGGAGGUCCAAAAACAAAUUGCCACAAGGGAAAGGCAACCCCGUACCCUGAGGGAGCUGCAAGAUGCUGCCCUCAUCAUUGACAACGCCCUCCGCGAGGAGCAAGCCAGCCACCCGCAACAGGGUAAUAAGCCUGGUAAGACUUCUUCCACCCCCAAUUGGGGGGCGAGUACCGGCCAACAGGCCGCCAAAACCGGUCCCCUUUCCUCCAACCCCAAUUACGUUUUGGAGGAAGAACGCAACCGCCGCCGCGCAGAAGGUCUCUGUGUCAAAUGCGGCAAACCAGGACACAAGUUUGCCGAAUGUCGGACCGGAUGGAAGGCUACCCCAAAGGAGGAUAAGGGGAAGGCCAAGGAAGCCGCCAAAAUUGGCAAAGACUCUGAGUACCAAUUGGGAAAAGAGUAA